UCUUGGAGCCAGCAUGGCUCAUUCCAUGCAGUACCCAGGCAGUGUAGCCCUGGACAGAGACAGUGGACCUGGCACACCCAGGACACUCACUCCUCCCCUGCCUGCACUCUGAGAGGAGCCAGAGUCCAGGGCUGUAUAGCCUUUUGAUCCCCAGAGCUGUAGUUGCCUUUUUCUAGCUGCAAUGGACAGCGAGUUCUGGAUGCUGGUCUUGUGCGCCCUGCUGCUGCUAGCCUUUGGGCUGCUGAGCUUCCUGCGCUUGGAUAGUGACCUGACGCUGCUGUGGGCUGCAUGGAUGGGCCAGCGUCCAGCAGAACAGGCACUGAUUGGCAUGGUGGUGUGGGUUACUGGAGCGUCAAGUGGCAUUGGCGAGGAGCUAGCUUUCCAGUUAUCUAAACUCGGGGUCUCUCUGGUGCUCUCAGCCCGAAGGACGCAGGAGCUGGAGCGGGUGAAGAGAAGAUGCCUGGAGAAUGGCAACAUGAAAGAAAAAGACAUAUUGGUUUUGCCUCUUGACCUGGCUGACACAAGUUCCCAUGAUACUGCUACCAAAGCUGUUCUCCGGGAGUUUGGGAGAAUUGACAUUCUGGUCAACAAUGCUGGAGAAUCCAAUUACUGCUUUGCUGUGGAUGCCAACCUGGAUGUCUUCAAGGUGCUAAUGGAGGUGAACUACUUAGGGACAGUGUCAUUGACCAAGUGUGUUCUGCCUCACAUGAUGGAGAGAAAGCAAGGAAAGAUUGUGAUCAUGAACAGCCUUGCGGGAAUUCAACCCAGCCCUCUUUGCUGUGGGUAUAUUGCCAGCAAACAUGCUCUUCGGGGGUUUGCUAAUGCACUCCGAACUGAACUUUUGGACCAUCCAGGUAUAACAUUGUCUACCAUUUGCCCAGGACCUGUGCAUUCAAAUAUUUACAAGAAUUAUCUUACUAGAGAAGCCAUUAAGGCCAAAUGGCCUUAUCCUCAGGAAUUUCCCAAGAUGGCAACAAGCCGCUGUGUCCAGCUAAUACUAGUCUCCAUGGCCAAUGAUCUGGAGGAAGUCUGGAUAGCUAAUCAGCCUGCCUUGUUUCGGACAUAUGUGUGGCAGUAUGUGCCAAUCCGGGACUGGAUAAUUUCAAGGACGCAAUGGAAGAAAAGAAUUGAAAUAUUUAGGAUUAACAUGGAUAACUCAGUGGGUGAUCAUGACAAGAGGCCGAGUAAAUGAGGCUCCACAGUCCUGCACUUUUGGCUAUCAAAUGGAGACCAUCCGGUGAGAAAGUGAGCCCUUCACAAUCUCCCUAACAGGCCAAACGGCCUCGUGCUAAGAUCUGGUUUUCACCCCCUUUCUCCCUAUUCCCUUCCUGGCACCUGAGGCUGUAAAAGCUGAAUUAUAGUCCCCUCUUCCCUAUCUCUUC